GGGAUGCAAAAACAUCGAUGUCACUAUCGAUACUAUCGAUGUUUUUUAAAACAGCGAUGUAUCGAUGCUUUUUUUCGAACAUCGAUGUUAUCACUAAGAGAUACACACGCAAAGCAAGUGUUUGAUACAGGUAAAACAUAUUAGGGCGGUUCCUCUCGGCACAAUGGACAGGUUUCUGCACAUAACAAACCACGUGUCUGCUGCUUCGUCGUCUGCUCCAACGUCUGCUGCUUCGUCGUCUGCUCCAACGUCUGCUCCAACGUCUGCUGCUUCGUCGUCUGCUCCAACGUCUGCUGCUUCGUCGUCUGCUCCAACAUGUGCUGCUUCGUCGUCUACUCCAACGUCUGCUGCUUCGUGGUCUGCUCCUUCUACGUCUGCUGCUUCUACGUCUGCUCCUUCUACGUCUGCUGCUUCGUUGUCUGCUUCUUCUACGUCUGCUGCUUGGUCCUCUGCUGCUUCGUCCUCAGCUCCUGCGUGUGCUGCUAUUUUGGAAAAUGAUGAUUUGGAAUUUGGCUUUGAGCCCCCAGAUUGUAGAAAACGCAAGAAAACCGGAUCAGAUGUAUGGAAAUAUUUUGAGAGGUGCAAGAACAAAAUGUUUGCCAAAUUUCGGUUUUGCGGAAAGGAGUAUAAAACUUCCGGCAAUACAACAAAUUUAUCCGAUCAUCUAAGGCGCCUUCAUCCAUUGAAAGUAUCAGUAAGUACAGAAAACGCAAUGAAAAUGGACAAUUUUGUUUUACGAUCUGAUGCGUACGACCCAAAAUCAUCCAGAAAGAUUGAACUUGAUAAAUGUCUCGCUAAAAUGGUGUCGUCAGAUAUUCAGCCGUUCAGCAUAGUAGACGACAAUGGGUUUAAAAAUUUUAUAAAAUUACUCGAUCCAAAGUACAUUUUGCCCAGCCGUACUACAUUGCAGAAUGUGGUCACAAAAAAUCUUUAUGAAGAAGCGCUAUCCAAAUUAAAGGGUAAGCUGAGUACGGUCCAAUAUUGCUCAUUAACAACGGAUUGUUGGACGUCUCGUUCAAACGCCAGUUACCUAACGUUGACGUGCCACUUUAUUGAAAAUUUCGAGCUAAAAACGGUUGUUCUAGCCACACAGCCGUUAUUAGACCAAACCAAUCACUGCAGUGACAAUAUUGCAGGAACUAUAAAAGCAAUUUGCAUGGACUUUGACAUUUUUAAUAAAGUGGUAACUAUUGUAACGGACAACGCAGCUUCUAUGAAAAAGGCCUGUGAGAAUUUGCAAAAAAAGCACCUGGGUUGUUAAGAUAUAGUUAAGAUAUAGAUAUCGAUUAGAUAAGUAAGAUAAGUAAGAACUGAACUGAACUGAACUGAACUGAACUGAAGUGAACUGAACUGAAAUAAUGUGAUUCCAUUUUUCUUUAUGAUUUCGUUAAAAUAUGUAUUAAGAUUAUGCUUUUUUAUUUGUUUCUGAAAAUAUUGUUGUUGUUUUGUUUGAAUAAAUAUAAGUUUAUAAUAA